UAAUAUUCGUACGAAUAAUAUUCGCAUUAUUCGUAAUUAUUCGUAAUUAUUCGUAAUUAUUCGUCCAUCUCUGAAGCUAUUUCCAUGUAUCUCGCAUCGGAGAGAUGGUCGACAGAGAGCUUUGAGCUGGGGUCACUUGGCUUGCUGAAUCGUCAGGAGUGAUCAAUUCGACGCUAUUGAUAUGCUUUAUCACCCGGCUGACCCAACUUUACUUCAGGUUCUCGCAGUUGACCUCCUAAACCCUUCCCCGGCCGCCGAAGCCAAGAAGCACAAGCUCAAGACUCUUGUCCCUGCGCCUCGAUCCUUCUUCAUGGACGUCAAGUGCCCCGGCUGCUUCACCAUCACCACCGUCUUCUCACAUGCUCAAACCGUCGUGGUCUGCGCUGGCUGCUCACAAGUUCUCUGCCAGCCCACCGGUGGCAAGGCCCGAUUGACCGAGGGCUGCUCGUUCCGACGAAAGUAGAUGUGCG